AUGAAAGAUCUUACAGAAUGUCUCGAUCAAGAAUAUCAAAAGAUUGUUGAAUCUGGUACAGAAAUAUUAUUCAUGUAUCGAGGAAUGAAACUGACUAGUGAUCAAAUCGAGAAAUUCAAAGAAAACGAAAGUAAACUUGUUUCAAUCAAUGGAUUUUUCACAACAAGUAGUCUUCGUUCAACUGCAUUGAAUCAAGCAAUGAAACUUUCGAAAGACACUGAUCUCAUCCCUGUUCUCUUAAAAAUCCAAUACCAUCUACAACAUCUGAACAACAGUGGCAUUGUUGCUGGCAACGUUCAUUUCGGUGAAUCUACACAUGAAGGAGAACAAGAGAUUCUGUUCGACUUAAAUAUCACUUUUCGAUUGGAGAGUGUGAAAAUGGAGGAAGACAUGUGCUUAAUUGAAAUGAGUGCAUCAAAUAAAGGUCAACUUAUCAAAGAAAAAUUUAUCGAAGAUUCACGUCGUCAAAUGGAAAAUCUAAGCACCAGAAUUCUGUUUGGAAGAUUGAUGUGUGAUAUGGGUCAAUGGAAUCAAUCACAACAUUUCUUUGAACAUUUAUUGAACAACUCGAAUAUCUACAAUGAAGAUCUUACAAAGAUUGAAUGCAGUCUUGGUGAGGUUCUUCAAUGGAAAGGAGAAUGGAAUGAAGCACGGAAAUAUUAUAAUCGUGCUUAUGAUCGGAUAAUGAAUGUGAAACCCACACGAAUCAAGGAUUUAGCUGAUAUAUUCUUGAAUAUUGGUAAAAUUUUCUAUCUAGAAGGAAAGUACGAAGAAGCUCAUGAUUACUAUGAACGAGCAUUGAUCGUGCGACAGGAAAAUUAUUUUUCUAUGCAGGUUAAUAAGCCUUGUGCACCGAAUUGUCGACGCCGUAAUAUGCUGAGUCGUAUUCGUGCGUCGUUCCAGUCAGUUUUAUUGAGUUCAGGCGGAUUAUUUCAUCCAUGUUCCGGACGACUUUGGACUAGAAAAUUUCGAGGAACUUCUCGUUGGUUUCGUUCGAAAUAUGCGACAAACAGAGCGGAGCCUGUUGACGAACAGUCAAGCCAAACUUCCUUACAAGAAAUGUGUCGAAACUUACAGGAAACUGGUUGGUUACAAUUGAUGGAGACUCACUUGGAUAAUUAUGUGCCUAUUGCUAUAAGUCUUCAUAGUUUCGGAAAAAUCCUCUUUCGACAAGCGAAGUAUGAUGAAGCACUUAUCUUUCAUAAACAAGCACUGACAAUGCUCGAAGAAUAUUAUCAAUGUCCUCAUCUUGACAUCGCCGUUUGUCUUGGCUAUAUUGGUCAGGUUCUUACAUAUAAAAGAAAAUAUGACGAAACUCUUGAUUUCUGUCAACGAGCAAUGUCCAUCUAUACAAAAUACUAUCCAAAUGGUCAUGUAUACAUUGCCUCCACCCUCAAUUAUAUUGGUUACGUUCUCUAUCUUCAAGGCAAACAUGAUGAAGCUCUGAAGACUUAUGAACGAGUAUUGGCAAUAUUACAAAAGUAUUAUCCAUCGGACAAUGUCAAGAUUGCCGUUUGUUUCACUGCAAUAGGAAAUGUUCAUUAUGAACAAGGGAAAUAUGAUAAAGCCAUUGAGUUUCAGAAACAAGGACUGCAAAUUCUACAGAGAUAUCAUUUUCCUGGCCAUGACGACAUUAUUUGUACUCUAAAUAACAUUGGCUAUAUACAAAAAGAACAAGGAAAGUAUGAUGAAGCUCUUGAUUUUCAUCGACGAGCACUAGCACUUCAAGAGAAAUAUUAUCCAUCUUAUUAUGGUAAUAUUGCUAACACUCUCAAUCACAUAUUUGGUGUAUUAUUCUGUCAAUCGAAAUAUGGUGAAGCUCUAUGCUACGGUCAACGAGCGUUAACAAUGCAAGAGAGCUAUUAUCCUUCAGGCAAUGCUUCAAUAGCCUCGAGCCUCAAUAACCUUGGCAACAUCUUAUAUCAGCAAGGAAAAUAUGAUGAAGCUGUUGAUUUUUUUCGGCGAGCACUAGCAGCUGUCGAAAAAUACAGUCCAUCUGAUUAUUCUUCUAUUGCCUUUUAUAUGAACAAUAUCGGGAUGACACUAUGCAAGCAAGAAAAAUAUGAUGAAGCUGUUGAUUAUCAUCGAAGAGUACUCGAAAUGCAAGAAAAAUAUUGUUCAUCUUGUCAGCGCGAUAUUGCCAAUACUCUCAAUUACAUCGGUAAUGUUCUCAUUAGACAGAAAAAAUACGAUGAAACCAUAAACUUUUAUAAACGUGCACUCAACGUGCAAGAAAAAUAUUAUCCAACUGGUCAUGUGGACAUUGCGACAACCCUCAUUAAUAUUGGCACAACAUUUCGUCAACAAGAAAAAUUUGAUAAAGCUGAAGAGAUUUCUCGUACUUCUUUUGUUUAUAUAGAAUAUCACCAAGGAAGCUGA